GGCGCGGGGGAGCGGCGGCGCCGGCCCCACCAUGCCCGGCUUCGACUACAAGUUCCUGGAGAAGCCGAAGCGGCGGCUGCUGUGCCCGCUGUGCGGCAAGGCCAUGCGGGAGCCCGUGCAGGUCUCCACCUGCGGCCACCGCUUCUGCGACACCUGCCUGCAGGAGUUCCUCAGUGAAGGCGUCUUCAAGUGUCCAGAGGAUCAGCUGCCCCUUGACUAUGCCAAGAUCUACCCGGACCCAGAGCUGGAGGCGCAGGUGCUGACCCUCACCAUCCGCUGCAUCCACAGCGAAGAGGGCUGCCGCUGGAGCGGGCACAUCAAGCACCUGCAGCCCCAUCUCAGCACGUGCGGCUUCAACGUGAUCCCGUGUCCCAACCGCUGCAGCAUGAAGCUGAGCCGGCGCGACCUGCCUGACCACCUGCAGCACGACUGCCCGAAGCGCCGCGUCAGGUGUGAGUUCUGCGCCAGCGACUUCACCGGCGAGGCCUACGAGAACCACCAGGGCGUCUGCCCCCAGGAGAGCGUGUACUGUGAGAACAAGUGUGGGGCCCGUAUGAUGCGUCGGCUGCUGUCCCAGCACACACUGGCCGACUGCCCCAAGCGCACCCAGCCCUGCCCCUACUGCACCAAGCAGUUUGUCUUUGACACCAUCCAGAAUCACCAGUACCAGUGUCCCCGCUACCCCGUGUCCUGCCCCAACCAGUGUGGGACACCUAGCAUCGCCAGAGAAGAGCUGUCCGGGCACCUGAAGGAGAACUGCAGCACUGCCAUGGUGCUGUGCCCUUUCAAAGACGCUGGCUGCAAACAUCGGUGCCCCAAGCUGGCCAUGAGCCGGCACCUGGACGAGAGCACCAAGGUGCAUCUGGGCAUGGUGUGCUCGCUGGUGAGCCGGCAGCGGCAGGAGAUCCAGGAGCUGCGGCAGGAUGUGGAGGAGCUGUCGGUCAGCAGCGACGGGGUCCUGAUCUGGAAGAUCGCAGACUAUGCCCGCAAGCUGCAGGACUCCAAACUGCGCAGCAACUAUGAGUUCUUCAGCCCACCCUUCUACAGCCACCGGUAUGGCUACAAGCUGCAGGUGUCCGUGUUCCUCAACGGGAACGGCAGCGGAGAAGGCAGCCACCUGUCCGUCUACAUCCGGGUGCUGCCAGGCCAGUACGACAACCUCCUGGAGUGGCCCUUCUCCUACCGCGUCACCUUCUCCCUGCUGGACCAGAGCGACCCCUCGCUGUCCAAGCCCCAGCACAUCACCGAGACCUUCAACCCCGACCCCAACUGGAAGAAUUUCCAGAAGCCGGGGGCCUCCCGCAGCUCCCUGGAUGAGAGCACCCUGGGCUUCGGGUACCCCAAGUUCAUCUCGCACGAGGACAUCAAGAAGCGCAACUACGUGCGGGACAACACAGUCUUCAUCAAAGCCUCGGUGGAGAUCCCGCCGCGAAUCCUGGCCUGAGCCUGUGGCUGGGUGUGGCAUGGAGACAUUACCCAGGGGCUGUGUGGCCCAGCCCGGCCAUCACUGCAGUCUAUAGCAGCCUGAGGGCACCGUGGGCUUGUGCCUGACUGGGGCCCUUGUGGUGGUUCCGCCCCAGAGGCCUGGCAGCUCCCUCCUGAGCAGGAACUGUCCCAAGUGAGCAGGUUUCCUGCAGCUGGCUUGGAGCCAGUGCAGCCCUGGCCUGGAACCGCCUGGGCCCCGUGGCUCAUGCUGCCACGAUCUGGGGCAUCUAAGCUGCCACCCCAUUGCCAGAAAGUGGAUCCACCUGAUCUCCACUAUGACCCAAGCUCUCCUCCAAUCAGCUGGCCUGACAACAUUCCCCUCCCCUCCUGAGAAGCAAACGGUGCCUGGAGGGACCGAGGCCCGGGGCUCCCUGCAGGCUGCCCCCCUUGGGGCAGGACUCGCCCCUGUGCCCUGCAGCUUAGCAAGGGCCCCAGAGAGGCCUGGACAAGACAGGAGCCAUGUAGCGGGGGCAGGGACCCCCUCCCCUGCCAUGAGGCCUUUGCAAUGAAGCCCUAAGCAGGGAGCCCCAGUGAGGAGUCCCCUUGUAGCUACCAGCCCCUCAGUGCUCUGGCAAGCCCCACAGGGAGGCACAGAACAGCCAGAGCCUGAUGCCCCAGCAGCAAGGAACCGGCAGGGCCCCUAGUGCUGUGUAUGCAGCUGCCAGGGCCCCCAGGCUCCAUCUCCCUCUUGCUGCCUCAGGGACCCCCGGAGGGCAGAGGGCCCCUCCACACAGAGCUGUGUUUAGUGAGCAUCGGCCCCAGCCUCUUCCUUGCGGGCUGGGCUGCAUGUAUCUUGUUGCCAGGGAGUCUUCCAUGUCGCUCACUCUGAGGGGGGGCGUCUUAUUUAUUGUCCUGGCUGCGGAGCUGCCCCAGCCCUGCUGCCUUCACACUUUUUCAAUAAACUCUUCUUGUAUUUAUCA